AGGCAAUUUCAGAUGUGAGCGAGCCCUAAAAGGCGCAUAAUUUCGACGGUCCUUAAAAACCCUAGUUAUACUCUCUCAGUCUCCCUCGGAAAAACCUAGCACAUCCCUCGCUCUCUAUCUGACACAGACGGUUACAGUUCUCUUCCUCUCAAGCUGUUUCAUAGAAGCCAUGGCGACGGCAGCAGCUCCCACCCGGACUUUGUCCCAGAAGGAGUUGGAUAUACAGAUGAUGUUGGCUGCCGAAGUUCACCUCGGCACUAAGAACUGCGACUUCCAGAUGGAACGCUACGUGUUCAAGCGCCGAAAUGAUGGAAUUUAUAUUAUCAAUCUUGGUAAGACUUGGGAAAAACUUCAACUGGCUGCUAGGGUUAUUGUUGGCAUUGAGAACCCUCAGGACAUUAUUGUCCAGUCUGCAAGGCCUUAUGGUCAAAGAGCAGUCCUCAAGUUUGCUCAAUACACCGGUGCUCAUGCUAUUGCUGGAAGGCACACUCCCGGUACAUUCACUAACCAGCUCCAAACAUCUUUCAGUGAGCCUCGUCUCUUGAUACUCACUGAUCCAAGAACUGAUCACCAGCCUAUUAAGGAAUCUUCUCUAGGAAACAUUCCCACCAUCGCUUUCUGUGAUACUGAUUCUCCUAUGCGUUAUGUGGAUAUUGGCAUCCCUGCAAAUAACAAAGGAAAGCACAGUAUUGGGUGCCUAUUUUGGCUCUUGGCAAGAAUGGUUCUACAGAUGCGUGGCACUAUUCCUCAAGGGCACAAGUGGGAUGUUAUGGUGGACUUGUUUUUCUAUAGAGAACCUGAGGAAACCAAGGAACAGGAAGAGGAGGAAGCAGUGCCCGUUGCUGAUUAUGCACUACCUCCUGCUGAUUAUGGGCUUCCUGCAGCUGAUUGGGGUGCCCAAAUUGCUGAUGGCCAAUGGACUGCUGAAGCAGCUCCACCACCUAUUGCUGCUGUUCCUGCUGCCAAUUUCUAUCCAGAACAAGGUGGAUUCACCACAGAAUGGGAUGCUGCAGCUCCACCACCGCAAUUUGCUGGUGCAGCGGCAGCCCCCACCCCGCAUAUUGCAGGUGCAGCGGCAGCCCCCACCCCGCAAUUUGCAGGUGCAGCAGCCCCCACCCCGCAAUUUGCAGGUGCAGCAGCCCCCACCCCUGCGCUUGCUCCUACUGGCUGGGAUGAGUAAAGCAUGAGGAGUUUCUAUGCAUAUUAAAAUUUUAUUAGUUUUUUUUUUUUCAAGGGAUUAUGAACAUCAAAGUUUUUGAAAGUUGAUCUUCAUUGACCUA